AUGGCAGUCAACCCAAGCCAGGUUCAGCCCCUCGAACUCAUUGACAAGGCUGUCGGUCUUCAAGUCUGGGUCAUCAUGAAGGGUGACAAGGAGUUCACCGGUAUCCUUGCCGGAUUCGAUGAAUACGUCAAUAUGGUUUUGACCGAUGUUACUGAAUAUGACUGGUCGGGUGAAGGCACACAAAUCAAGCUGGACCGAAUCUUGCUCAACGGAAACAAUGUUUGCAUGUUGGUUCCUGGUGGAAAGCCAGAUGAGGAAAUGGCGGUCUAG